AGUCAAUAAAUUUUGAGAACAUUAAGUCGAUCGUAACACUCGUGAGAAACCUAUCAACAGAUCAACGUAUCUCGGACAUUUUAUUGUAUUUAUUUUUUAUUUAUUUUUUGGAAAAACGUUUAGAAGCAAAAUUUAAGGACCAAAAAACAGCAGCAAGAAAUAGACGCGAUAGGUAUUUACUGUAGAGGAUAAUGAACUACCAGGAUAUGUACGGCUGCACCUUUGAAGCGGAGAACUCCGGUCGAGGUAGCAACUUUGAGUUUCGGUUUUCGGGACCCGAAUCCAUUCCGAAUGCGGUGAGGCGCUACAACGCGUCGCGGGGCGCCGAAUUGGCCCAGUUGAAGAGGCAACGGGAGGUGGGCCGAUCCCAUGUGCCCAGCAUGCCGCGCUUCUGCAAGGUGCGUCGUCCCGGCCAGGAUGUGACCAGCAUGGUGACCUCCCGCGACCUGGACGUGGUGACCCAGCUGUCACUCUGCAACGAGGAUAACGAUAGCAGCAGUGAUGAUAUGAUGAUGAUGAUGGGAUCACCGCAAUCACCGCGUCUCUGCGGAGGAGCCGAGUCACCCAGGCAUCUAAAGGGCAGGAAGAAGAAUCCUCCACAAGCCAAGACGAGGAGGAGGAGGCGGCGGAUGAGUCGCCAUGUGGAGGCCGUGCACAGUGGCCACACCUUCGAGAGGCUAGAGGAGCUGCAUCGCGAGGUUUGCGCGGAGCUAGAGAGCCUGGGUCAGAGGUCAGCCAGUCCGGAGGUCACUCCGCGUGCCCAGGUGGCCAGGAGGAGUACGAGGAGGCAACAGGUCUCCUACGAGGACUAUCACUCGCCGCAGCCCCGUUGGGCGGACAUCAUGCCCUCGGCGAUGAUGUCGCAGGCCAUUCAGGUCAACGUGUGCCACGCCCCCGAUGCCACGCCCCUGUCGGCCUACCAGUUCAUGGAGCAGCACGGCAGCCUGGAGCCCGAGCCGCUGACGCCCUUCUUCCUGGAGGACAGCGACCUGGAGCACGAGUAUGCCGAUCGGCAGGGCUACCUGCGCUACGUGGAGCCACGGCCGCUCCAGUGCAGCUCCAGUGAGUCGCGGAGAUCGGUGGACAGGGACCGGGAUCAGCCCUGCUUCGUGGAGCUGGAGAGGCGGCCGCACCAGGUCAGCCUGCUCAGGAGUCUCUCGCCCAUGCGGUAUACCUCCCAGAGAUCAGAGGGUCAGGAGGCGGAGGAGGAGGUGCCUCCCAAGCCAGUCCAGAAAUCAGGAAAAAGUCGCCGAAUAAAGGUUAAUCAGGUGAACCCAAAAAUACGAAGGUUAAUUGCCGGUGGUGGAGGCGAUGAGCUGGUGACCCCGAAGGUGACCCCGAAUCAACCCAGACGCGGGCGCAAGGCCAAACCCCUGAUAGUCUACAGCAAAUCGCUGGAGGAUCUGAAGUUCGAGAAGCUGGGCAUCUACAACAAGAUCACCCUCACCCAGGAGCGCAUCAUCGGGGGUCUGGACAAGCUGCAGAGCAGCCUGCUGCAGCUCCAGGUGCCCCACUGCAGUGCCCAGGAGCGUCAGAGGCGGCAGAGGAAUGCCUUUGAGUUCUGCGUGCGCUUCUCGAGGAAUUUUUUAUACCCCCUGAAGGGAAUGAUCGAUGAUGUGCGGUUCACGACGGUGGCCAGCUUCAAUAGCGCCACCUCCAACGAGGCCUGCCAAAGGGUCGUCUGCGUGUAUGGUUUGAUGCAGCAGUCCAUUCAGACCUUUCAGCGCCAGCUGCGGUACUUUCUGCUGGAGAAGGUGCCCCAGAAGCUGAGCGCCCUCAUCGAGAUGAUCUACACGCUGACCAAUUGUUGUCUGGAGAAGGGAAUGCUGGACCGGCAGGAUCCGGUGGUGGAGUGCCUGCAGGAGAGGUGCACCAGGUUCCUGAGCUUCAUCGAGGACAUGCAGGAGGAGCGCUUCAAGUUGGCCAGGGAGGAGAUGAGGCGGCAGGGCAGGAAGGGCACGGUAUCCCACCCCCAAAAGAAGCUAAAGAAGAAGAUUAAUCAUCCGAAGGCAAGACCAAAGGCACCCACUCAACCGAGGCAGGAGAAGAUGCGCUGCCACGAGCGAUACGAUCUCAAGAUGUGCCUGAAUGACCACAAGCUGUACGAGCCGCGUCUGGUGCCCAAGGAGCGGAGUCAGGCGAAUCCCCGAAUGCGUCGUCCUAGGAACACUCAAGGAGGAGGAGGAGGAGCCGCCACCUCUCAGGGACUACCAACUAAUCCACCCACCGAACUACCUGGUGAUUUGGAACGCCAAUCCGCUGGCGGCGACGAUAUGCAAACUCAGAUACAAAUGGCCGAAACCAGUUCGCUCAGCCUGCUGCCCACUUCGGUUCAGCAUCAGGGUCACCACAAAAGAGGUCGGGGUCACCAGGGCGAUGAGCAACUGCAUCGGGCUCUGCUGGACGCCCUGCAACUGGUGUCCCGUUCGCAGGUGGAACAGGUGCUCGAUCCACUGAUACAGUCCCUGAAUGUCUUUCUGGGCGAUAAGCAUUAG